CUAAACUGAUUUACCUGUUUUUAGCUUUAAUCUCUCUUCUCUCUCUCUCAAAUUCUCUCCUAAAAUCCUAAAUAUUACCUUCUCCAUUUGUUUCUUUUCUUCUUUUUUGGGUGGCUACCUAUAAUCCGAAAACCACCAUGAGGUUUUGUGUUUUCGGGUUUUUAUCGCUUUUCUUGAUUGCUUCUCCUGCAUCCGCCUGGUUCUUCCCUAACUCCACCGCGAUACCACCGUCUCUACGUAACACUACACGUGUUUUCUGGGACGCUUUCUCCAAUUUCACCGGUUGUCACCACGGCCAAAACGUUGAAGGUCUCUACCGCAUCAAAAAAUACUUCCAACGUUUUGGUUAUAUCCCUGAAACGUUUUCAGGAAAUUUCACCGAUGAUUUUGAUGAUAUCCUUAAAACCGCUGUUGAAUUGUAUCAGAGGAAUUUCCGGCUUAAUGUUACCGGUGAGCUCGAUGCGCUUACCAUUAAACACAUCGUGAUCCCGCGUUGCGGUAAUCCCGACGUGGUCAACGGUACUUCUUUGAUGCAUGGCGGGAGAAGAAAGACCUUCGAGGUCAACUUCUCCCGCACGCAUUUGCACGCGGUUAAACGCUACACGUUGUUCCCAGGCGAGCCACGAUGGCCAAGAAACCGCCGUGACUUGACCUACGCGUUCGACCCGAAAAAUCCGUUGACAGAAGAGGUCAAGAGCGUGUUCGCACGAGCUUUCGGCCGUUGGUCGGACGUCACCGCGUUGAACUUCACGCUUUCUGACUCUUUCUCGACGUCCGACAUCACAAUCGGAUUCUACACCGGCGAUCACGGUGACGGAGAGCCUUUUGACGGCGUUUUGGGAACCUUAGCUCACGCUUUCUCUCCUCCGAGCGGGAAAUUCCACCUCGACGCAGACGAGAACUGGGUGGUGUCCGGAGACCUAGACAGUUUCCUCUCCGUAACUGCUGCGGUUGAUCUUGAAUCGGUAGCGGUUCACGAGAUCGGUCAUCUUCUCGGUUUAGGACAUUCUUCAGUUGAAGAAUCCAUCAUGUAUCCAACGAUCACGACGGGGAAACGUAAGGUUGACUUAACCAAUGAUGACGUGGAAGGAAUCCAAUACUUGUACGGUGCGAACCCUAACUUCAACGGCACAACAUCUCCACCGUCGACUACUAGACACCAGCGAGACACUGGUGGCUUCAGUGCCGCCUGGAGAAUCGACGGUUCAUCGAGAUCGACAAUUGUCAGUCUCUUGUUGUCAACCGUCGGAUUGGUCUUGUGGUUCUUACCGUAGAUAAAAGUUUUUUUACUUACUUGAAUUCUUU